ACUUUAAAUAAGUCGCGGCAAAUCAAAUCGUAACCUAUCGCCCAACAUACUUACUUUUAAAUCUCCAUGUUUCGACUCGGAUAUCAUGAUAGAUCCGAUAGCGACACCUACGAGAUGUCUGAUACCUAUCAACAUCCAAUACGUCCUGUGUUUCUUUCAUCAACAUGAAGCUCAGUCUGGUGCUCACUUCGAUGAAGGGUUGCUACCCUGACUCGAAUAUCAAGCACAUUCAAAUGACAGCUCCAUUGAUUCUACGAUUGAUGGAUCAGGAGUGCUGAAUAUAAAUAACUGCCUGAUGCGACGCUGAUUCAGGAUCUUCGAAAUCAUCGUGAUGAUAGUUUCAUUUCGCUAGAAUCACGAUAUACAUGGGACUGGACACAGGACUGCGAAUUUGCCAGCGUACAUCCCCAGGGCAUCAUCUCUACCAUGGCCUCUGGAAAAGGCAUCCCAGAGGAUGGUGCUGAAUUAAUGUCACUAGUGCUGGAAAGCAUCUUGUAUGGCUUUUCUGUCCUCAUGUUUAUUGGCACCAUCUGGGCGUUGACAUACAAGCGUCACAUGCGCGACGUCAAUCACCCAAUCACUGCUGUGGCCGUGUUGUUGUUGGUACUGAGCACUGUGCACAUGGUUGUAGGUACUAUUCGGACUGAAGAAAGACUGGUGCAGCACAAUAAAUUUCCGGGCGUGCCAGUGGUUUUCUUCUCCCGAGAAACCUUUAUGAUCCACAACAUGAUAUACGUUUUGCAAACUUUACUUGGUGAUGGGGUGGUGAUUUAUCGUUGUUAUGUCGUUUGGCGAACCGUCUGGGUUAUUAUCUUACCCAGCAUGCUGUGGUGCGGUAUUGCAGUGACUGGUGUGUACUCAAUCCAUAACUAUCUGGACACAACUGGUAUCUCUGGACACGACUUUAACUACGCAACUCGCAAAUGGACAGUAAUGUUUUAUACCUUGACACUUGCGACUAACUUGUUGAGUUCAGGAUUGCUGGCAUACCGCAUCUGGAAAAUCGAACGCAAUGUUGCUAGCAUUCGCGCCAUGAAAACCACCACCACAAGCAUACUACGUGUGGUUGUGGAUACUGCUAUUUUAUACUCCAUAGCGCUCUUCUGCACAUUAAUCGUUGCAGUCCGCUCCAACAAUGGAUCGCACGUUAUGAUAAACAUGCUCACGCCGAUAAUCUCUAUUAUUUUCUACAUCGUGAUUAUUCGAAUCGCGAUGAGUAAAGAUACUCACGAUCACAUUUUGACUGUCUGUCAUGGGUCUGGCAGCGAGACAGAUGGAGGAAACUUACAGCAUUAUCCUCUGAAGCCUUUGCAGGUACACAUAUCCCAAUUUACCCACAGUGAUGCCGCGUCGGUGCGCAGAAAUGGGAAUCUGGACCGACCGUCGACAGGCAAGUCAGGGAUUGUGGAAGGGGCAUCUUGCAAUAUAUAAUCAUAUGAACACGAACGACGACUUCAUACGUAUGAAAGUUGAUUGUAUUCUUGAUAGUGUCAGGUAUCAACUCGUAUAUAUGCUGCAUCGGCAAUAAAUUAUUUGCUUCAUUGGAUGUGGAGAAGAGAAUUACACUACAAAAUUAAACUUGCUGUGGGCAAAUAAAGUGAUUGAAAUUAGCUUAGCUGUGGUAGGAAUGCAAUAGGACGUUUUGGUAGGCGUUCGGUAUAACAAGAGUUGCUUGAUACCCAUCGCCUAGGAAGUGGAUCAAAAUCGGUCCAUAAACAGACACGGCCGACUGCUCCCUUGCUCUCUGGUAUUGGUCUCGAUCUACCCUAUGGAGGAUGGCUGUCGUGACUCAGCAAGGAACAUAGUCCCUAUCACGUUACAGUAUCCAG